AUGUCACAUGAGCCCAUUGAUCACCGGUUUUACCUUCCUGGCUCUUUAUCACAGAUAGUACUUCAUGCUGCUCCAGGGUAUGAACCUCUCCCAAAGCCCUGUAGUUUGCACUGUGAUGGCCUCAGAAUGAAUGAAUUUGGAGAGGGAGUCACUAAUGGUGAUCCAUAUGUUACAGACAACGAGGACUCAGAGUCUGAAUUUUUGGAUGAGGAAAAUGCUUCUAGUUAUAGUUCACAACACUCUGAUAUGGAUUCAAGUGGCAGUGGUGGCAGUGAAGAGGCUGGUUCUGCAAGUGAAGGUGAUGAAAAUUCUCAUCCCUUGAUUCAAUUUUCAGAUGUUGGAAAUGCUAAUGAAAAGAAAAAUAUAGCUUCUCAGUCUGCUUCUGAUUUUGGGGAAUUGUUGUCAAAUAGAGCUUUAGAAUCAUGGUUAGAUGAGCAGCCUGGUUUUUCAAGCACAAAUACUUCAGAACAAAGUCAAGUCCGUAGAUCUUCAGCAAGAAUCUCAAUUGGUGAUAUUGGAGGUCAAGUUAAACCUAAAAGCUAUGCACUCUUGGAUCCCGUGAAUGGAAACGGCUUAAAGGUUGACUAUUCAUUUUCAUCUGAGAUUUCAAGCAUCUCUCCUCUGUUUCUAUGUAUAGAAGUUUCCUUCAAGAACUGUUCAAAGGAAAUCGUGUCUGAUAUAACUUUGGUUGAUGAGGAAUCCGGCAAAGGCAUGGAUUCUGUAGACCAAGCUUCGGGUUCACGUGAAAGCUCAACAAUACCUGAAAAUAAUGAGCCAAAUCUAGUUUCCGUAGAAGAGAUCGCUUCUCUAGAACCUGGUCAGGCAAUGACAAGAACCAUCCAGGUUCGCUUCCAUCACCACCUCUUGCCUCUAAAACUGACCUUAUAUUGUAAUGGCAAGAGGCAUCCUGUUAAGUUGCGGCCUGACAUUGGAUACUUUGUAAAAGCUCUUCCUAUGGAUGUUGAAGCCUUCACAAAAAAGGAGUCUCAUCUGCGAGGAAUGUUUGAAUGUGUAAGAAGGUGCACCUUCACUGAUCAUGUAAAGGAGUUGGACAAGGACAAGGGUGACAAUUCAUUGGUAGAAGACAAAUUUCUUGUAAUCUGCCGAAAUCUUGCAUUGAAAAUGCUUAGCAGCGCAAAUCUUCAUCUUGUAUCUGUUGAUUUGCCAGUCGCAGCGAACCUCGAUGAUGCAACAGGUUUGUGCUUGCGAUUCAGCAGCAAGCUUUUGAGCACCUCUGCCCCCUGCUUGAUCACCAUCACCAUUGAAGGUAGAUGUUCUGAACCGUUGGAAAUGUCAGUUAAAGUAAACUGCGAAGAAACUGUAUUCGGGCUGAAUCUGCUGAACAGGAUCGUGAAUGUAUUGGUUGAGCCCUUUCAUGCCCACGAGUAG